AUGGCUCAAGAUCACAUACGAACCGCCUGCUUUAAUGCUCGCCUACUUCUUUCUCGAACCAUCUCGCAAUCCACUCAAUCUUUCAACCACUCUACCAUCGAACUCACCACUUUCAACCAUCUCUCAAUUCUCUCCACAACAAUCAUCAUGCUCCCUUUCAGCAUCGGCAGUCUCAGGAAACUACCGCAGGGUGGGCAGUCCUCUUCCGGCUCCGGCGGCCGACAGCAGGACUCAUUCUACUACUCCUCCGGUUCCCAGCAAGACCCCUCUGGCAUUAGCUGGGCUGGCUCUGGGAACAACCAGCCAUACGAGAAGGACAACUAUGGCUUUGGCAGAUAUGGUGAAGUCUGA